UGCAUGCGUGUCUGCCUGCCUGCAUGUCUGCCCGCCUGCAGGCCUGCACCUCCUGGUGAGGGGAGGGAAGGGGUUACUGGGUUUGGAGGCCUCGCCGUGGUGGAGAAUUGCGGUUUGGAGAGACAGAGACUGGACAGCUGUGCUUGCCUUGGUAUUUUGAAAUGCAUUAACGCAGGCUCCAAUCGCCAUGCUUGACCUAUUUUGGGCUCAAGCCGCCCAUUGUUCUAUUUCUGUUGCCUGCGGGCCACCGUGUUGUUGAUUCAUAUGCAAAUGGAUUAGCAGUGGCUUUAGCCAACUUUAGCUGAGACUGAAAGGAGGGGGGAGAGAGAGAGGCUACGAGGGAGGAGGACGAGGCACCAGCAGAGAAACCACUUGUCGAGGCUGAAGAUGGGGUGUCCGGACGGGAGCAGCUCCUGGCUCCAAAGAGGAUGCACAGUAUGAUCAGCCCAGUGGAUGUAAAGUCAGAGGUGCCUGUGGGAUUGGAGCCUAUCACGCCAUUAGACUUACGGACAGACCUUAGAAUGAUGAUGCCCAUGGUGGACCCAGUCAUAAGAGAGAAACAGCUGCAACAGGAGUUACUUCUGAUCCAGCAGCAGCAGCAAAUUCAGAAGCAACUUCUGAUAGCGGAGUUCCAGAAACAGCACGAGAAUCUAACUCGACAACAUCAGGCCCAACUUCAGGAACAUAUAAAGUUGCAACAGGAACUUCUUGCCAUUAAACAACAGCAAGAACUCCUAGAAAAGGAGCAGAAAUUGGAGCAACAGAGACAAGAACAAGAGGUGGAGAGACAUCACCGGGAACAGCAGCUUCCUCCUCUCAGAGGCAAAGAAAGAGGCCGAGAAAGGGCAGUAGCAAGUACAGAAGUGAAGCAGAAGCUUCAAGAGUUCCUGUUGAGUAAAUCUGCAACAAAAGACUCUCCAACUAAAGGAAAGAAUCAUUCCAUGAGCCGCCACCCCAAACUCUGGUACACGACUGCCCACCAUACCUCACUGGAUCAAAGCUCACCACCUCUGAGUGGAACCUCUCCAUCCUACAAAUACACCUUACCAGGGGCCCAGGAUGCCAAUGAUGACUUUCCUCUUCGAAAAACCGCCUCCGAGCCCAACUUGAAGGUGCGCUCCAGAUUAAAACAGAAAGUGGCAGAAAGGAGAAGCAGUCCCCUACUCAGGCGAAAGGAUGGAAAUGUCAUCACUUCAUUCAAAAAACGAGUGUUUGAGGUGACAGAAUCCUCUGUCAGUAGCAGCUCUCCAGCAUCUGGGCCCAGUUCACCAAGCAAUGGUCCUACUGGAAAUGUAACAGAAAACGAAGCAUCAGUUUUGCCGUCAACUCCUCACGCUGAGAGAGAGAGAGAAAGAGAGAGAGAGAGAGAAGCUAAAGGACUGCCUCCACAAGUUGAUUAUUCCAUUUUUGAGAAUAAGCCAAUGAUUUCACAACAGCGUAUUCUGAUUCAUGAAGAAUCCAUGAACCUGCUGAGCCUAUACACCUCCCCUUCUUUGCCUAAUAUUACUUUGGGACUUCCUGCAGUCCCCUCCCAGCUCAAUGCCUCCUCUACACUCAAAGAGAAACAGAAGAGCGAGUCCCAGACAUUGAGGCAAGGAGUGACCCUUCCGGGGCAGUAUGGUGGAGGGACCUCAGCUUCCACUGGCCACUCCCAUGCUGCUUUGGAGGGAAAACCCAAUAGCAGCCACCAGGCUCUCCUGCAGCACUUGUUGCUUAAAGAGCAAAUGAGGCAGCAAAAGCUUCUUGUGUCAGGUGGUGUUCCCCUCCAUCCUCAGUCUCCCCUGGCAACGAAGGAGAGGGUCUCACCCGGCAUUCGCACAGCUCACAAGUUGCCCCGCCACAGGCCGUUAAACCGAACCCAGUCUGCCCCUUUGCCUCAGAGCACGUUGGCGCAGCUGGUCAUUCAGCAACAACACCAACAGUUCUUGGAGAAGCAGAAGCAGUACCAGCAGCAGAUCCACAUGAACAAAAUCCUUUCGAAGUCUAUCGAGCAACUCAAACAACCGGGCAGUCAUCUAGAGGAAGCCGAAGAAGAGCUGCAUGGAGAUCAUCCUAUGCUGGAAGACCGAGCUCCCUCUAGUGACCACAGCAUUAGGAACGAAGGCAUCGGAGCCGAUGCGGACGAGAGACUCGGAUACCCAGCAGGGACCGUGAAAGUCAAGGAGGAACCGCUAGACAGUGCCGACGAUGCUCAGGCCCAGCAAACGGAAUCUGGGGAGCAGGCUGCUUUUAUGCCACAGGUAAUAGGAAAAGAUUUAGCACCAGGAUUUGUAAUCAAAGUCAUCAUCUGAGCAUCCGAAGCAUCUCUAGACCCGGGGAAGAGACUCUCGCUCCCUAUCAGUUUGUGGGUUUAGGUCAUUUCGUUUCCCACGGGCUCGGAAUCUCCCUGAGGCGGGUGGUUUUCCGGAGGCACGUUCUAAACCUAGCCGGGCUCAUCUGAAAGGCCACUGAUGGGAAAAUCCCCACCUGUUGCACUAAAAUCGGGUUCUAGAAAUCUCGGGUUCACGAUAUAAACUAUCUUAGCCCUGGACUCAGUCACAUCAGUUACUUCUGGAAAAAAGGAAUUUACCGUUGGCGUUCACUCGUCUGUUCAGAUCCGGGAUCGCUGGACGUGUAGAUUCCAGGUCCGAUCAGUGAAACCCUCUCUAUCAAUUUUUGAUUUUUCUGACACGUCCUGACUUUGAUUUUCACCUCUCUGUAUAUAGUGUAUCAUACUGCAGUCUUGAACACUGUUAAAGGAAGUCCUUUUUUCCCUUUUUUUGUUGUUGUUGUUUUCAUUUAGUAGAAAGGUACUGGAUGAAUACCAGUGGUCCGAGAUUUGGGGUAGAUUAUAAUUGAUCGCCGUUGGGAAUUCAGGUGGGUGUAAAAAGUCAAUCCAAGGCCAGGCACUAUUUUCCAAAGUGCACUGUCUCUCUCACUGCACUGCUGAGAUUAUUUUUAUUAGGUGUUAUUUGAUGAUGUUGUCUGUAGUAGAGACAAGAUCAAAUGAAGCAGAUGCAGAUAUUGGCAAGGAAUGAUAUGCAGCAUUCUGUUCCAAUCAGAUAUUACGCUAUAUCUGUUACUGCUGUAAAACAGGACAGUAUCGUUCUUAACUGAUAUUCACUCAUGUAUUUAUUUUAGGAAGAAAAAGUUCUAUGAUCAUGAUGACUCUGGUUUCAUCAUUUCCACCCUGCUAAGGAAUGCAUCAUGCCACCAUGGCAAAUGGAAAUGCAGAAUUGUGAAAGUGUUCUAAAAUGAGGAAAUUCAGGACUAAGAGAAAUGCACUUGUACAUUGGGCAUCUUCAUCAGGAUAGCGGUCUCUGAGACUCUAAAACCUGAAUGAGUCUGAGUUGCAGGGGAAGAUGCUGUUUACUUAAGUCCAUUCUGUAUCAGGUUCCUGCUGUUCUCUGAAAGAAAAGUGAUUCUAUAAGACUGCACAGGAAAUGCUUUAUGGAAACAGGAAGUCCAAGUGAUUCAUGUCCUGAGGAAUGUAGGAAAAAAAACGGAGGAGAGUGUUUUACUCUGUUUUUAAAGGGCACUCUAUGAAUCGAUUUAUUGUCUAAGAAAAUAAUGCAAGUAGGGAAAUGGUUGAGGAAGCUUUUCAGCGAAAUAUUUCCUUCAUUUUCUCUCUUGAUAUGUUUACCUUGUUUUAUAGGUUUACUUUUGUUAAGCUAGUUAAAGGUUCAUUGUAUUAAGCCCCCUUUAAUGUGGAUAAUCCCAAACUGACCAGGAACUCUUGUCAGUUCUUUCUAUUGAAAUAUUUAUAUUUCUAAAUCCAAGGUAUUUUAAGGUGCAGUAUCCUGUUUCAAAAAAAGAUAGCUGCUUUGCCAAAUGUAAGUGUUGUUCUAAUGUAUGUUGUUAGCAUGUGUUGUUUACAUUUUGCUCAGACAUUUAAAAAUAUUUAAAAUGUGGCAACUGAUAAAGAUACAUUAUCCUUUUUCUUAAAAAAAAAAAGGCUUCAUUCAAAUUUAAACAAAACAGAAGCUAGAAAAUUGAGCCCUUUGUCUUAUCUAUGUAAAAGAGGCCUUCUGAAAGUGUUAUUUACAUGUCAUUACUGAAACAGUUUGGGUAAUUAUACUAAGAGGAAGACUUGCCUGUUUUUCCUGCAGGGAGAGAAGUCUUGCAUUCAAAAUUGUGAAGCAUCAACAGAUGAGUGCAUGUUGUUCCGUCCUGUAUAUGUUUUCUUCGAAGCUUCCGUUUAUUCUCAGAAAAAGGGAUAGUGCAUCUUUAAAAAUACAUUUCAUUUGGGGAGGGCGCUAUUGGCAAGCAGACUUUUGUAUAAUAUGACUUCAAAGGUGUGUAACCACAAACCACAAAAAAAUAUUUUUUAUAACGUCAUUUGGAAAAGCUUCAUCAGUACAGUCAGUAGACUUUAAUUUUGUUCGCAUUCGGUAGUCUCUGAAUUUAAUCAAGAAGAUACUUGGACCAGUGCAAAGAAAUACUGGACUUCAAUCAUAUUUCUAACCGGUAAUUGUCUCUUACAUUUAAUGAAAAACAUCUACUGUAUUUAUUAUAAUUUCCAUCCUAAGUGGUGGUAUCUUGUUUUGUGUUGUAAAUAUAUUCUGUUUGUAUGUUCCCUUUUUUGCCUUCUGUUAUAAGUCUAUUCCUUUCUCAAAUAAAGUUUUUUUUUUAAAGGAA